AUGGGAAAGGUAAACAACACAGCUCCCAGCACUCGCUCACAGCAAGGCAGGUCAGAUGUUUUCACAGGGCUGGAAAGCUCUUAUUGUAAAAGGGGGCCUCCCUGCAGGUUUACAUUUUUAAUCCUUGAGCAUCACUGAGAGUCCUGAUUUUCAGAUUAAAAGAGGAUAUAACACCUGAAAAGCAGAAAAAAGGGUGCCUUAGUUUGGAACAUAACUAUGAGAAAACAUAACCAUGACCUUCUCCAUGCUUAGAUCAUCUUCUACGAGGACAAGAACUUCUCUGGACGCCAUUUUGAGUGCAGCCAUGACUUUGCAGACCUCACGUGUCUCCUCAACCGCUGCAGCUCCAUCCGGGUGGAGAGCGGCAGCUUCAUGAUCUAUGACAAACCCAACUUCACUGGAAACCAGUUCUUCCUGAGGAGAGGAGAGUACCCGGACUUUCACCACUGGAGCGGAGUCAACGACUGUGUGAGCUCCUGUCGACACAUCAGCAUGGUGAGUAAUUUGGUUUUAUGCAUUAUUUGGUGAAAUUUAUCAGGUGUAGUGGACUCACAUUGGCAGGACAAAUCACAACUUCUGGCCUCUGCUCAGUUGUGAUUGGUCUUUAAGAAAAAGCAGGUAAAAGGUGCGCUGUUGACCUCAUUGUCUACUAUAUCAGGCAAAACCAACAAAUGAAAGACUGGUCUUGACAAAUUUUCCAAGAAAGAGAAACAGAUUUUAAAAUCACAGAAAAAAACAGAAGAAGAGCUCAAUAUAAAAUCUGUUUUUAGUUUCAGGUGUGCUCUACGAUGCUCUACGAAGACAUUGUGUUGUUUAUUCUUCUGAAGUUAAUUUUACAAUUGGGAUUUUUGUCUUUAUUAUUUGGAGAGGACAGCAAAGUGGACAAAGGCAUAACCUCCAUAGAUAGACCUCAAGGUCAAUGGCGCCUUAUUAUGACCUAACGCUACAAUUCUUUUUAAAAAUUCUCUUAAUGUGACCCUUUACAUUUUUGUCCUAAUGAUCAGACUAAAUUUAUUGUGCGUUACUCCAUAGAAAUGCUGUGAAAAUGUGAUGUGGCCUAAAGCUAAAAUGUUAAGUUUGUAGGUGGUUAAACCUAAACAAAGAAAAGGACCCAAAAUGCAGAUCAAAUGCAGGGAUUCAUACAGCUGCUGAAAACCAGAGUGCAGCCUCUCAGUUUACAGUGAAACUGAGACUCACCGGAAACAUGUGGUGAUCUUUGGUUAAAGUAGCAUUCGGUUUGCUCUCGAGCCCAAAAAUGAUGGCAUGUACUUAAGCAACACAUCUAUCUAUCUAUCUAUCUAUCUAUCUAUCUAUCUAUCUAUCUAUCUAUCUAUCUAUCUAUCUAUCUAUCUAUCUAUCUAUCUAUCUAUCUAUCUACCUACCUACCUACCUACCUACCUACCUACCUACCUACCUACCUACCUACCUACCUACCUACCUACUAUCUAUCUAUCUUUCUUUCGUAUUCAGAGCCAGCAGCCCACCUCCUUCAAUAUGCGCCUGUACGAGAGGAUCGAGUUCGGGGGUCAGAUGAUGGACCUGAUGGACGACUGUCCCAGCGUCAUGGACCGCUUCCACAUUAACGACAUCUUCUCCUGCAGCGUCACCAACGGCAACUGGCUCUUCUACGAACACCCAAACUACCGGGGCAGGAUGUACCUGAUCAGACCGGGAGAGUACAAGAGGUUCAGCGAGUGGGGCGGCAGAACGGCCAGAGUUGGAUCUAUCAGACGCAUUGUGGACCACUGA